AUGAGGCCGCUACGGUUUCUUCUCCUCCUCACCUUCUUCAUAACGCUCCCGAUAGCCUUGACUUUCUUCUCCCUUUUCUCAUUAUCCGAGAGCAAUGCCGACACCUUUCACACCGGCUACACCCCUCGCCAACGUAGCCUGCGAGCGUUCUUCUCAUUCCAAACCCCAUCCAGCUUGUUUCCGCCUUCAGCAAUAAUUAGCCUAACAGCGGAUAAUUCUACAUUCUUCCUGGCCAGGCCUGCUGCGUUUGGACCGAGCCUGCCUUCGAGGGGACUCAGCGGGCAAUUGUGGGUGGGCAAGGGGUUUGGAGAUGAUGCACUCCUGAAAGAAGAGAAUAUUCAUAUUGUGGGAUGGGAGUUAGGCUGUUCUGACGUGCCAGGCUGGGGCGAGGAGACCUCCAAGAGAGAGAAAAACCUGCCUCAAGUCGAUCAUCUACAGGAAAGCUCCAAUAAGCGCCGAGAUUUGGGCCGUGAUGGCCAAGCAGGCGAUGAGGAUCUGGAUGGUUCAGAGCCCUUUCAGGAAAACGUGGAGGACGACGGAACGGAUGACUAUCUACAUCACCCUCUUCCAGACUCGAACCCUGCUACACCUGGCCACCCUGGCGAGCCUGCUAAUAUUGGUCCCUCCGAUCAAAAGAAUCCAACUCAUGCCGACAUUGAAUCUUUACAAGAAAGCGCCGAUAUUGCCGGAAAGAUCGUGAUGCUUAGCCGAGGCGGAUGCGGAUUUUUGGAAAAGGUCAAAUGGGCACAACGCCGUGGAGGUAUAGCCCUUAUUGUGGGAGACAACGAACGCGGAGCACAAUUAACAAUCAUGUACGCCAAAGGAGACACAUCGAACGUCACUAUACCUGCCGUCUUCACCUCGUAUACUUCGGCUCAUCUUCUGGCCUCGCUGGUGCCACCUGAGUCGGGCGAAGACGAAGCUGGCUCUGGCAAGGGCUCGGACAAAGCAGCGAAGGGCCCACAGAAGGGUAACAAUCAUGAACAGCAGGACAGCAAGCCAGUGUUUACUUCAACCAAAUCUCGGAAACAGCAGCCGACCAUUGUCCCAGCUAAGGAUUCUGCCACCGCUCAAACUGAGAAGGGCUGGGUAAGCAAUGUGCUCAGCGCGAUUGGCCUGAACGAAAAUUCUCCUUUCUCGCAUGUCGAGGACAGCCGCCGGCCACCAAGCAGCGGUAACAUCGAUUGGGUCCUCGUAGAAGACUGGGACGACGACAUGCCGGUGAAGUCGAGCAAAAAUGCAAAGCCAGCGGCCAACAUUCCCACUUUAUCAACAUCAAUGCUGAGAACAGAAGCAACAGCCUCUAAAAAACCAGGAAUGGACGACUUCGUGAUCGGCGUCCACGAUUGGCGAGAUACCGACUUGGUGGCACCAAAGCCGUCGAAGAGCAUUGCCAAUGUUGUCGCCAACCCAAAAGCUGGCAAAGGCAGUCAAGCAGAAGCCACCAAUGUCGUCAAGCCGUCCAGUCAAGCUCAAGACGCUCUCAAGGGUGGCAGUAUUACGCCGGGCAGUGGCGAAUAUGUUCAUGAGAAAUUCGAACAAACGAACCGUUACAACAGAGGGCAAGAUCGGUCGAAACAGCAGCAAAAGCAUGCUGAUGCUGCUCCUGUCGAAGAAGCAAAGGGCUGGCUCAAUUUGUUCAGCUCGAAGGAUUCCAGAAAAGAAGCGCCCAGGACACCUGCCUCAAAACAGGAACAGGAUGCUAAAGCAGGCUCUGCCCAAGUGCACAGUAUAGCAGGCCACCAGGAGGAUGAGGACCACCCGGGUUUGUGGGUCACCUUGACACCGACAAGUGUGUCGACAAGCCCAUUCUUUGACACGCUGCUUGUGCUUGUCAUCAGUCCCUUGAUUACGCUGACGGUGGUCUAUGCACUACUACUGUUGCGCUCGCGUAUCAGACGACGAAGAUGGCGUGCACCCAAAUCCGUCGUGGAGCGAUUACCUGUCCGCACGUAUCACACCAUGAAUCCAGCGUCCUCGACCACAUCGUCGCAAGUGGCCUCUUCAGAUGCGUCCUCACCAACGUCCCCCCUUCUGAUCUCCUCAUCACAGAAUGCCUCGGCGCGCCCACGACCACGCUCGCAGACCACCAACAGCGUAUUUCCAGGAAGUACCGGCUCGACUGCCUCCCAAGCUCGCAACCUGACUUCGCCGUCAGAAAAGGGCCCAUCAAAAUUCGCCAGGCGGAAGCGCUACACAGGGCGCCAGAUCGAAUGCGUAGUUUGUCUGGAAGAGUACAUCGAUGGCGAGAGUCAAGUCAUGUCUCUGCCAUGCGGGCACGAAUUCCACGCCGAGUGCAUAACUCCCUGGCUUGUGACGCGGCGACGUACAUGCCCCAUCUGCAAAGGUGAUGUUGUGCGGAGUCUUGCGCGCACAGACUCCCGAUACGAGGAGGAUGUGACGGAGGGCGAGCAAACUAGUGAUGAUGUGCAGGAACGCGCUGCUCAGACGACCAAUGAGGAUGUGAGUGCCGCCAUUCCCAUUCCGACUCUCCUCCGCGAUGCGAACCACGACGUCGAACAAGGCCAUGCUGUCGACGCUGAGGAUGACGUACCUUUGCUCAACGGCCAACAUGCAGGAGGUCAAAACUUGGCUGCGGCGAGAGACGGAAGUACAGUGUGGAGAAGUAUCAGCGCCAGUGUGAGUCGACUGAGUGGAGAGACUCUCUGGAGAAACACUCCCGUCGAUCGCAACAGGUGA